UGUGGUCAUUACCUGUUUAAUGUUCUCGAACUUUUCAUUCUCUCCUCACCUCUUGCCUUCUUCUCUUCGCCAGCAUGGUACAGAUGUGAGCCGCCUCAAUAUCUGUCUCCAUCGCCAUUUCCUCCUGGUGCUCAUUCGAACGGAGGCGUGAUGGGCAGACCAGAUUGUGGUUUAUGGAAGCCAAUGGAAUAUUCUUGUAGUUGGAAGAAUCGUGAGCCAUCUGCACUGAGCUCUCUAUUAUUCAACACCACCUUCGAAGAACCUGCUUGUUCGAAAUUCGACACUUUCAACACGGUGUCACAGCACGUGUCCCAGACUGUUUUUGAGGAACAAAAUGCUCCAUUGGAUUUGAGUAUUCACUCAAAUCAGACCACCAAUGGUGGUGCAAACCAACGCCCCACUCUACCUUCAACUAAUUCUCCACUUUAUUCCCCAAGUAAACGGUUGUCAAAAUACUUCAAUUAA